AUGAAGCCAGCAGCCGUGACCACAGCAGUCUCAGAGGACAACCUCGAAAUUCCUCUUAUCGACUUUUCGGCGUUUUUAACAGAUGAUCAAGCGACUCGAAAGGCAACAGCACAAGCAAUACUUGCCGGUUUCCAGAAUGCAGGCUUCAUAUACCUGAGGAACCACGGAAUACCGAAGGCCACAGUCGAACAGACAUUCGCAGAGUCUGCCAAGUUCUUCGAGCGACCUCGCGCUCAAAAGGAUCAACUUUCGUGGACAACACCUGAAGCCAAUCGUGGUUACUCGCAACCGGGCCGCGAGAAGGUGACUGAUGUGAGCGCUGCUGAAGUGGAUCAAGUGCGAGCACAGGAAGGUGCAGAUCUCAAGGAAUCGAUUGAGAUUGGCAAGGAGGGCGAGCCGGGACUUCCAAACCAAUGGCCGUCCGAUGACGAAGGACAACUCUUCAGAGACCGUAUGAUGGAGUUCUUCGACCUGUGCAAGGACUUGCACUUCAAGGUAAUGCGAGCUAUCGCUAUCGGGCUUGACAUCGACGAGAACUGGUUCCACAGCUACUGCGAUGCUGGCGAUAACACUUUGAGGCUCCUGCAUUAUCCUGAGGUGCGAUCGGAUGUGUUCAAGAAGAACCAAAACCAGGUCCGAGCUGGCGCACACACCGACUAUGGCAGCGUUACGUUCUUAUUCCAGGAUAUGGCUGGUGGUCUGCAAGUGCUGAGUCCCAAAGGCACCUUUGUCGAUGCGACCCCAAUCGAAGGCACGAUCGUUGUUAACGCUGGAGACCUGCUUGCGCGAUGGUCGAACGACACUAUCAAGAGCACAAAGCAUCGUGUCGUGGAGCCACCAACCAAGUCAGAUGUUCACCCAGCCAGAUAUUCUAUCCCAUACUUCUGUCAUCCCAAUCACGACAGCCUCAUUGAUGCGAUACCGAACACUGUUACCGCUGAGAAUCCGAGGAAGUAUCCGGCAGUAAAUUGUGGCGAGUAUCUUGUACAGAGACUCCGCGCGACGUAUUAG